UUUCCUCCAAAAGAGAAGAGACAAGUCACUUUGCCUUCUGAUUACUUGAUAUUGGAAGUGAGCGAUUUAAGUUAAGCCAACAAGAUCCCCAGUUUCCCCUAAUUAGGCGCCACCGGCAACCUUCUGGAACCAAACGUCCCACUUGUCAGGAACAAUAGCCAUUAUCCCAAAAGGACCGCGACCCUCUAGAUCCCAAGGUCUCUCUCCUCUUGCCCCGGUUUGCAUCGAUUAUUGUCGCCAUUUGAUCUGGAAGUGAUUUUAUCGUUCUUUCUUUUUGGCCGUUACGGGUCCUGAGGCCAGAGACAUCUAUCUAUCCUACUGGGAUUCAUUACUACUUGAUCAUCAGUGUUAGACGUCGUUCGUCUUCCUUUUGCCAGCCAUGACCGAAGUGUCGUCCACACGACUUUAUCUCGGGAAUCUUCCCCGCAAUGUUACCAAACAGGAUAUCGAAGAACAUUUUAGCACCCAUGGCUCCGGAAAAAUCACGGAGAUCAAGCUGAUGAAUGGUUUCGGAUUUAUCGAAUACGAAGAUGCGAUGGAUGCGAGAGAUGUCGUACCAGCGUUCCAUGGCAGCGAUUUCAAAGGCGAGCGACUCACUGUGCAAUUCGCGCGGGGGCCACGUCGCAAGGAGAAUUUCCCUGGUCCAAUGGACCGUCCCAAUAUGCCCCGUCCCCGUCGCACGGUCUACCGUAUGAUUGUUUCUGGGCUCCCGGAAACAAGUUGGCAGGACCUAAAAGAUUUCGCACGUGGAGCCGGACUUGAUGUCGUUUACUCGGAAACUGGCCGUGAACUUGGUAGAGGGUUCGUUGAAUUUGAGACUGCAAACGAUCUGAAGACUGCCAUCGAGAAGCUCGAUGGCCGUGAUUUCAAAGGCUCCAGAGUGAGCUGCGUGGCAGAUAUCCAGCCUGCUGAUGAGCGCCCUUUCCGUGAUCCUUACCGGUCUCGGUCCCCUCGCCGGAGCUAUCCACCUGUAGAGGAGUACGACCGAAGAUUCCCUCCACCUCGGGGUUACAGUCCCCGUGCGCACUACCGGGAACGCUCCCCUGUUCCACUCCGCCGGGAGUAUUAUGACCGUGAUGGUUAUGGACGUCGUACUCCUCCCCGUCCUCGCAUUGAUGAUUAUCCACCCCCACGUCGACCCUAUGAUGACCCAUAUGAUGUCCGUCCGCCGCCGCCACCUCGGUAUGAUGAUCCCUAUAUGCCACCAAGGCCUUACGGACGCCCUCGGAGCCCCCCUCGGGGCGAAUAUGUUCCAUAUGACCGCCGUGGCUACUGGUAAAUACCUGUCUCUUGUGAUUUGGUUGUCUUGAAUGCAUGGCGGAUACCCACUGUGCUUUGUGUUUGAUCCCCUUUCUUAUGUCCCCUUUCUUAUGUCCCCUUUGUACUUGCUUUGUUACCCCCCGCUUUGCCUAAGGAAUCGGUUGCGGUCCAGGCCCGCCAUUCUUUCCCGGACUGGACGUACCGAAAGGUGCGAUGCUUAUUGUGGAAAAGCUUCCGUUUAUUGCUUGACGUGAGGACGAUCUCUGAGGCCCCUGAUCAC